UCUGACAGAAAUUUAAUUACUCUUUAAUAAACUUUUGAAUUGGUGAAAAUUAACUUAACUAUAAACACAUGUUCGUAUUCAUCUUUAAUGGAUGCAAAAAAAAUAUAAGACUUUUAUUGUUGUUACUCGUUACAUGAAUACAUGACAAAACACCAUUGAGUUUUGUGUUACACCUGAUCUCCGUCGGUCACGUGAUGUGUUCGCGCACAGUCACUUGAUUCGCCAUUACCUGCGGGAAUGUCGCUGUGAUUUACAUUAAAUCUCAACAUGUCGUCUUCAAGUGCCACACCAACAAAAGAUCCUGAUGAGGUUCUGCCAAGGAAAAGAAGUGAUAGUUUUGUGUUAACACAUCCAAAUAUGUCUUUGAGAAGGAUGGUGUUGGUAGGAAGGACUGGAGCAGGUAAAAGCUCUUCUGGAAACACCAUCCUGGGAAGAAAAGCCUUCAGAGCCGCCAGAAAAGCUUCCUCUGUAACUAAAGAGUGCUGGAAAGAGAUUGAAAGGGUUGCAGACCAUGAUCUGGUGCUGGUUGAUUGUCCCGGGAUCUUUGAUACGUCACUCUCGGAUAGAGAACUCAUAAGGGAGAUCAGUAAGUGUAUAAACAUGACGGCUCCUGGACCUCACGCUAUUGUCCUGGUCAUUCAGCUCGGUCCAUUCACUGAAGAAGAAAAACGUUCAGUGGAGAGGAUCAGAGCUAUAUUUGGAGAAGAAGCAGAUAAACACACAAUCAUCCUCUUCACUCACGGUGAUGAACUCGAUGGAAAAAUCGAACAAGCUCUUAGUGAAGCAGGACCUGAUUUAACACAGCUCAUUGAAUCAUGUGACGAACGGUAUCAUGUGUUUGACAACACUAAAAUCGAUGAUCGCAAACAGGUUUUACAGUUCCUGGAUAAGGUUGAUGACAUGUUGCACAAGAAUGAUGGUAAAUUUUACACCAGUGAAAUGUUUAAGAGUGCAGAAGAAAUGCUGUAUGUAGAAGAGGAAAAGCAUAAGAAACAAUGCGAAGAAAAGAUACAGGAACUAACAAAGCAAUUUAAUGAAACAAAGACCGAACUGAAGUUGAGUAUUAUACAUCUGAAGAAAUCCGGGCAGGAAAAAGACCAGAAGAUUAAAGAGCUGGUGGAGCAAAUGAAAAUGAAGGAAAGGCAUUUUAAAGAGUCUAAACGUUAUUAUGAGAUGAAACGCAAGAAUAUGAGACAGGAGGUGGAAGAGACACAAGUGAAAGAAAACAUGCCAGGGAUCAGCAAAAAACUACAAAAACUUCGUCUCUGACAUUUGACAUAAAAUUACUGAGCCCCAAGUCAGUGGAUAUUAACUCUUUCCCCACCAUUGACGGGAUUUUCCAUCAAUCCAUGUUUUCAUUGCAUUAUUACACAUCUUCUGGAAGAGGACUGAAUCUCCUGAUCAAAUCACACCUGAAGCAGAAACUAGAGAUAUCAUAUGGAAGCAGAUGCGUAAAAUAAUGCGAUCAUCAACAUUAAACAGCAUAUAAAUCUGCCGGAUGUUACUGAAUGAAAUAUCGACCCAGGAUGAGCUAUAGACUGUGAAGCUUUGGGGGUGUUGAUGGACUUGAUCUACUCCAUCUGUGUUUUGAUCAUCGUUCUGAAUCUGAUCCAGAUGCAGUCUUUGACAAAAACACAAUUUUCUCAGCUUUAUGCUCAAAAUCUUACUUGUUUUUAAUGACACUUACCCAUAUUCAAGUGUCAAUGUAUGAUAUAAUCUCUGAGUAAACUGUUAUUGCUAAUAAGGAACCAAUGUGAAGGAAGGUCAGGAUGGAAAGAAGCUUUCCCGCAACUUCACUCUGUGGGGUGUGGAGACAAAUGGCUGUAUGUGUUUGUGCUGUCCAUAUCUCAGGAGAUCAAAGGAUCUCAGGUUCUGUUUAUCUUACAGAAUAAUAAUACUUAGGAACAAAUUUUCAUGUAGCAGCAUUUUUUACAGCCUGCUUUUGUUUGUAAAACUGUCAAUAAAUUAGUUCAAAGGAAAUUGGUUGUUUAAGCUGAAUUUUCAGCAUCAUUACUCCAGUCUUGAGUGUCACAUGAUCCUUCAGAAAUCAUUCUAAUAUGAUGAUUUACUGCUC